AUGAUCACCACUCUCCAGCAACCAUUCUACCGGAGUCACGCCGUCAUACACACUGCGGCCUCGAUAUUCUCGGGGUUGUCUCGGGCCCGUAUCCCAACCCCCCUCGCACGUCUUCCACAGCGCCAAUGUCGACCAUCCAUCUCUCACCUGCAGCAUCAAACCCGAGGACUACGGACGAUUUACCGACCAUAUCCAGCCACGUCACUCUGCCGUGAUCUGUCAACAGAGGAGAAACUUGACAAGCUCAUGGCGUCUGCAGCAAGAUUCGAACAGGAACUCAAACCGGUUGGGACUAUCAAACAACGUCUCGCAACCAUUGAUCAGAGAACCUCCGAUCUUGUCGGGCUUAAAGAGGAGCUUGCUAAAUGUGCUGAGCGACAAGAAAUCCAAUCUAUGGCAGAUAGGCUCGCCGCAGAACCGAGUGGCGUGACUGUCACAGUGUCUAUGCUAUUAAUCUUCUGUGUGGUUAAAACCGCAUUAGCAUUCGCUACCAAGAUGGAGGAGAAGGAGUCCACCAAGCCAGAAUCGAAGAGUCUAGAGGAGAAAGACACUCCCCAUUCUGGUUCUACAAAGAUCUAUAGGAGGGAGGUCAACAAAGCCGAGCCGGAAACCCCUGAGCCAAAAUUAUUCCCCAAGUGA